UGGUAAUGUCUGACGUCAAUGCAACUUUGCCCAUUCCGGUUCCGUAAAAAAUGGUAACUGAAAGUGAUUCAGUCUUGUAGGAGAGCCCGCGGUGAGGUGUCGUAGUUGCUAGUCUCAGAGCCGAAGCGGACUGCCGCUGGAACGCGAUCGCGUCUAACCUGCCCACGUGCGUUUGGCGUUUAUGCGAUUGAUUUUUGCGGAAUGGGUGAACAGACGCACGCCGGCGGCGAAAAAGUGGUUUUGAAACGUAAAAUAACAUUGUUCAAUGGAGUGGGGAUUAUUAUCGGGACAAUUAUCGGUUCCGGCAUUUUCAUUUCUCCCGCGGGAGUUUUCAACAACACCGGAUCGGUAGCGGUGUCCCUACUAAUAUGGGUGCUCUGCGGAGUCCUAUCCACACUCGGAGCCCUCUGCUAUGCGGAGCUCGGCACCUCCAUAACCCGGUCCGGCGGGGACUACGCCUACAUCCAUGCAGCCUUCGGGCCGCUCCCCGCGUUCCUGCGGAUGUGGAUAGCGCUGCUGAUCAUCAGGCCCACGACGCAGGCGAUCGUGGCGCUGACCUUCGGCCACUAUGUCGUUAAGCCCUUCUUUCCGGAGUGCGAGCCGCCGCAGGACGCCGUCAAGUUGCUGGCCGCUGUCUGUCUCUGUAUCCUGACGGCCAUCAACUGCAUCAGCGUGAGGUGGACCAUGCGGAUCCAGGAUGUGUUCACCUCCUCCAAGCUAUUCGCACUCGUGGUCAUCAUCAUCUCGGGCCUUUACUACAUCUGCAUCGGGCACACGGAAAACUUUGAAAAUGCAUGGGAGGGCAAGUACACAGCUGGUACUGUGGCGCUGGCCUUUUACUCGGGUCUCUUCGCCUUCGGCGGCUGGAACUACCUCAAUUUCGUCACCGAAGAGCUACAGGAUCCGUACAAGAACCUGCCGCGGGCGAUAUGGAUUGCCAUGCCCAUGGUUACCAUCAUCUAUGCGUUGGCCAACGUCGCCUACUUUGCCGUCGUUAGCAAGGAUGAGAUGAAGUUUGCCGUAGCUGUGAAAUUCGGUGAACGUCUCUUUGGCGCUUGGAGCUGGGUGAUCCCCGUGUUCGUGGCUCUGUCGACGUUCGGCGGCGUCAAUGGCGUGCUGUUCACGUCCGCCAGGCUGUUCGCCACUGGCGCGCAGGAGGGACACAUGCCUGCCUUCUUCUCGCUCUUCCACAUAAAGCGCCAGACCCCCAUACCGUCGCUCUUAUUCACGUGCCUGUUUUCCCUGCUGAUGCUAUCGACGAGCAACGUGCUGGCGUUGAUCAACUACUUCUCCCAAACGCUGUGGCUGUCCGUGGGCGCGUCCGUGGUGGGCAUGCUGUGGCUGCGGCGCGCGCGCCCCGACAUCCCGCGCCCCAUCCGCGUGCACCUCGCCAUCCCGUUCACCUUCCUCAUCGCUAUCGGGUUCCUAGUCUUCGUCCCGGCCAUAUACCAACCCAAGGACACGGCCAUAGGAGUCGUUCUACUCCUCAGCGGAAUACCUGUUUAUUACCUCGGCGUCAAAUGGCAGUCGAAACCGGAAUGUUACCACUCUCUUUCCGGAUGCGUUUUAAGGCUUUUCCAAAAAUUAUGUUCCUGUAUUUACGUCGAGUCGAAUGAGAAAAUGUCACAAGGAUGAAUGGUACCGUUGAAUAAUACAAUAAUUUAAAGGACCAACGAUUUAUGUACCUUUAUGUACGCUUAUAUGUUAUAAAUAUUGUGGGUACUGUAAAAUGAAAAAUUUCUGCGAUUGUGCUUCCCAAUAGGCAAAGGCCCGUCCUUUUAGUAGGUAUGUUACGUACCUAAAUGAAAUGUGUUUUGUCGUAAACCAUAGUAACAGUAUUUUUUGGUAAACUAUUAAACGACAAUUCUGUGGCCAUAGUGAAAAAGGGUACAAGUCUCUGGCAGUUUAGGUGUAUAAGGGCAUAAGUGUUACGUGGAACUUACACCCCUUUACACCUGCGCUGCCAGAGACUUGUACCCUUUUUCACUAGGGCCACAGAAUUAUUCCUUUAAAUGACAAAUAGCACUAUAUUGGUACUGCUGUUCAGUCUGAUAAUUUUUGCUGUAAAAAAUAAGUUUAUCGUCGUUGUAUUGUUUUUAUUAUAGCAAAGAGAAUUUGAAAUAGAGGUGGAUUUUCAAAGAAAAUUUUGUAGCCACAGUAAAUUUACUGCCAUCUUUCGACACAUGAUAUAGUAUCUAAGCACAAGUUUGAACAAUGAUUUAGAUGAGGGGGGCAAAGUGCGCCAUACCGUUUAAGUGCGCCUAGCUUUGGUAUAUCGAAAACUGCUUAUAGAAUACUGGUAAUAUUACUAGUAGCUUUCAGUUUUAUUAGUAGUAAUAAUAAGUGUGCGAUUAAUCGCAGUUACGCAAAGUAAACAUGACGAUUUAAAAAGUAUAGUGUAUAUAGCGUGAGGUAUCGUUGGAUACGUCUUAAAACGAAUAUGGGUCUUCAAGAAUUGUUUCGAUGACCGUAAUACAUUCGGAAAUAAUUUAAUCUUCCUGAAUGAAAAAAAAAUUGUGCCUAUUUUAGCUUCUGAACCAUGGUCCAAAAAUAUGAAAAAAAUCGUGAAAUUAAAGCUUAGUAAAGACAUUCAAGGAAAAUAGCGAACCUGAUCGGUUCAGCCGUUUUUGGGUUUUUCCAAAAAGUCUAUUUUGACUUAUACCUACGGUAACGACGGAACCCUACACUGAGCAUGGCUCGAUAUGCUAUGGCCGUUUUUUUAUAAAUUAUCUUCGGUUUGUUCAAUCAUGGCAAGUGUUGCCUGUGCUUACGGUAUUGUGAAUGUACUCGUACAUGUAAAAUCAUUAGGAUAUAUGCUUUUGAGCAGGUGUGUAGCCAUUUUACUAGACACACAAAAGUAUCUAACUCUUUUCCAGUAGGGCUUAAGAUGGUCGGCUCUUUAUCAUUUGUCACCAUGCCUGUCACGUUUUAACAAGUAUGUAAGCGCAAAAGUGACGGGUAUAGUGACAGGUGAUCAAAAAAGGAACCAUGCUGCCACUGCAGGCAUAGCAUACUUUAUCAACCACAUACGCCCCAAUAGAAUUUCAACCCUAGCAAUCAGAAUAAAGGUUAAAAUUAAAUUACACUUUCGGGAAAUUGUGACUUGUCUUCAAAUUAGUCAUGAGAUUAAUUGGAAUAGGUAUAUCUGUUUUUUUUUUUAGGAAAACCUUGUAGUUUUGUGCAGCUUGGAAAAGGGUUAAAUAUAAAAUGGGAAACUUUAUUUCAAGAGACAACUUAUUCGUUAAGUUACCUUAGGAUAGGUAUAAUCCUUACAUGAUUGCUUAUCAGUGCAGUUGCUCUGCACUAAGCCGACAUUAUCCACUGACAACUCGCAGUAGAUGUUGUAGUGUAUGUGACUUUUAUAUUUAUGGUGAUACUUGUAUCUUAUGCCUUGGAUUGCUCUCUAAAUGUUUAAAAGUGUAAGUAUACUUACAUGUUAUACUUACAUGUUAUACUUAAUGUAUCGUACAUAUGUAUGCAUAUUAUAUCUCUAGAUCAAAAGUGUAUCAAUAAUAUAUGGUCCAUGGAUGGGAGUAGGACUACUAGUAUUGAGUGACUUGUACCGAUAUUUAAGGACACCAGGUUUGAAAAAUAUAUGUACCUAAGUUAUUAAUUUUAUAUACACGUCCAAUACCUAGAUUAACAAGUACCUUUACAGGUAUUAAAAUGGGAACUAUGCAUUCCAAAUGUAAGAAAUUGUAUUCUUGGAUGUUUCUAUAUAUUUAAUUGUAAUGUGUAUUCUAGUAAAGUCUGAAUAUUUAGGUAUGCGGAAUUUACAAACUAUAUACUUAGUGUUCUAUUAUUAUUUACUAGUAGCACUAUUUUGCAGCUGACCGACCUGUAAUGAGGCGUCGUAAUUACACUGCUUUCUUGAUAUUGGUAAUAUACUUACAAGUAUGUAACACAAAUAUUAAGUAUCUCCCUAUUUUGUUUAAUCGUUCCUCCUAAAUUGUAUAGUUAAGAAUUAAAUAUGUUGUUUUGUAAUUAUUUUCUUACUCAUUACAUUAUUAUCUUAAUCUGCCAUUGCAGAAAUUCUUACGACGUAGGUGAUUUUAGAAUUAAACCUACCUGAUUUUAGAAUUGGUAUUUCUAUUACCUGUUACGUUAGCAACUCGUUGUAGGUAAUAUAGCUGCCUACAUACUUGUUAUUUAUUUAUAGUAAUGAUUAUGAUAAACGCAAUAAUACAACUGGAAGGAAACAAUUUUUGAAUAAAUUAUUUUCACGCAAAUAU